UCCUCUGGCAAAACAUGGAGGCUGGCUACACAAUGGUUACAUGACGGAAGGAAGAAGGUUUCAAAAUGAAAAUAUCGAAAAGAAAACUUUUCCUUUUGAUAAUCUUUGCGUAUGUGGCGUUUUCACUGUAUGCCGCGUACAAUGUAUUCUUUAGCAGCAAAGUGAUUUCUCGUGUUCACCGAGUGGUGAAGAAGGAGAACGGAGGAGCCGCAGGUGGAGGGGGGGAUGGCGGUGCUGCACCGUUUCUUGCGGAAGAAUGGAAUCCGUGGGAGGAUGAACAGGUGGAGUACAAUUCGGAACUGAACAGAAAAAGAGAAGCCUUUAAAAAACACAUGGAUAAAAUUGAACGCAACAAACCCAAAAGAAACAAGGUCCAAAUCUGGGGAAAAGCCGCCAUCGGACUGUACCUUUGGGAACAUAUUUUAGAGGGGCCUUUAAACCCCACUGACAAAGUGGCACAAUGGCGGGAAGGAGAACUGCAUUCUGGAAAAGUUGAUUUCAGUUUCUACACAGGUCCUGCUGUGGUCCAGGGCCAUGUUCCGCUGGAUAUGAACAACUUGGUUCUGGUUCUAAAUGGCCGUGAGCAGCAGAAAGUGGCCUACUCCACCAGAUGGCUAGAGCAUGUUCAAGCUCUCGUAUAUUCCCGCACCGUGUCUCAUGUGGCAGUGGUCCUUCUGGGCAAUGAGCACUGUAACAACAACUGGAUCGGCCCGUACUUGAAGAGAAAUGGGGGAUUUGUGGAUCUCCUGUUUGUGGUGUAUGACAGCCCCUGGGUCAAUGAUAGAGAUGUCUUCCAGUGGCCUCUUGGAGUUGCUACUUACAGGCAGUUUCCAAUGGUCAGACCGAACGCUCAUAUAAUCACCUCAACCAGACCUUACCUGUGCAACUUUCUCGGAACAGUUUACAAAAAUUCCUCAAGAGAAACUCUCGUUCAGAUCCUGAAGCAGUCUGGCCUCGAUAAAGAUUGCAUAACGGCAACAAGAGAAAAAUGGCUUCCUCAGGAGACUGCUGACACGCUCAGCAACUAUCAGACAGCUCUGGCCCAGAGUGAGCUCACUCUCUGCCCUGUCGGAAUCAACACAGAGUGCUAUCGUAUCUACGAGGCUUGCUCUUAUGGGUCAGUGCCUGUGGUGGAAGAUGUAUUGACCCCUGGGACUUGUGCAUCUGGACCCAGCUCACCUCUCCGACUCUUAAAAGCAGCCGGGGCCCCUUUUAUCUUCCUCAGCGACUGGAAGGAGCUGCCAGCGAUCUUGGAGAAAGAGAAAGGGAUGAGUCAGGAGCAGCGGGUGGACCGGAGGAGACGAUUGCUGGAGUGGUACGCCAGCUUCCGUCAGCAGAUGAAGGAGAGGUUCACUGAGGUUCUCGAGGAAAACUUCUUUAAAAAAGGUGCUUAAAAGACUAGUAACAUUGAACGUUACGAUUCAUGUGUUUGCCUUGUGGUGUAGUGAACAUGGUGAUAGUUCUGUGCCGAUUAUUCCGUUGAUGUUUUUAAGUGAUUUUGCGACACAGCCACUGAGGAUCAACCCAAAUUCUGACGUGAUGUGGCGUUUCAUAUUUAUUCUUUUAAUGGUUACAGUAUUAGAACAAAAGCUACUUUUGUAUUUUCUAUUUUGGCUUGCACAAAUGUGCGAACCAGCUUCUUAAAAGCUCAGUGUUAGAAAUAGAUAUAAUCAUGUUGCCUUAUGUGAGGAGAAAAAAGGUGCGUUUUGUAUGUUGCUCAAGAGUGAAACAUGGAUGUUGUUUUUGUGGCAUGAGUUUGAGUCACUUUGGAGGAUGUUUAUGUUUUAUUUAUUUCCAGUGCUGUGGUGCAUGGACAGUGUGGACAGUGCAAUACAAAAUGUGAGGUCGAGUCAACAGCUGUGUUUCUCUCGUGUAGCAUGCAGAGGGCGCUACGUGCACAUUUUAUUUUUAUUUUAUUUUAUUUUUUUACCAGUUCAAGAUAAACUUGUUGAAUCACUUUUAACGAAGAGAAAAGUACAUCUAGUGUAUUUUGUAUGAUUAAAACGUGCACUAAUAAGAGAGAUCUUCGUCUUUAAUUCAAAAUCAUUGGUUAAACGGCUUCACUUUGGAGGACCGUUCAUGUUCUUAUAUGUUUUUGCGUUUGUUGUCUAUAAUAGUGAUUGCACUGGAUGUAUACUGAUGAGCCGUGACGUGAUCAAUACUUGCCUGAUAUUUGCUUGCCUCUAAAUCCGCUAGUGUUGUGGGACGCUUUAAUGAGAAAAAAAUAAAUGAGUCAGAGACCAUGUGACCAGAUCUAAAGUGAACUGUGCUGGUUAAGGGGACCUAUUACGCGUUCAACUCGGAAGUCUGUCAUAAUGUUAUUGAUGUAUAUGUUGGAAAAAGGCAUUUAAUUCUGUCAUUUUCUUAUAAAAAUCGUAUUAAAAUAUGAAAUUAAAUAAAUCAUAGACUUAUUUCUGUCAUUUCAAAUCGCUGAUGUUUUACAUAUAUGUGUAAAUUAUUAGUCAAAGAG